AGCGAAUAGACGAACCUGGACGGUCAGGAUUUAUUUAUAUAUAUAAACCUAAUUUGCGUUUCCUUGUAGCUUUUCUUUCUAUUCUCCCUCUUGCUCGGCUAAUCAUAACCAGGAGGAUCUCUCAGGGUUUUUUGUGGUGAUGGCAUCGAAGCGGAUCUUGAAGGAGCUCAAGGAUCUCCAGAAGGAUCCUCCUACCUCUUGCAGCGCAGGCCCUGUUGCUGAAGACAUGUUCCAUUGGCAAGCAACAAUUAUGGGUCCUCCUGACAGUCCAUACGCAGGUGGAGUUUUUCUGGUCACAAUACACUUUCCUCCAGACUAUCCAUUUAAGCCACCAAAGGUUGCAUUUAGGACCAAGGUCUUUCACCCAAACAUCAACAGCAAUGGUAGCAUUUGCCUUGAUAUUUUGAAGGAGCAGUGGAGCCCUGCGCUCACCAUUUCCAAGGUGCUGCUUUCAAUAUGUUCGUUGUUGACAGACCCAAAUCCUGAUGAUCCUUUGGUGCCGGAGAUUGCUCACAUGUACAAGACUGACAGGAGCAAGUACGAGACAACAGCAAGAAGCUGGACCCAGAAGUAUGCUAUGGGUUAAUGUGCUGCUGCUGUUAUGUGUGAUAGGAGGGCUUCCUUCUUUCCCUGCGACUUUGGUCUAUAAAUUAUUAUGUAUGAAACGAAGAAAGUUUGAUUUCUCGCCUUUAUAAGUGGACCAAAAGGGAGAGCCUCUCCUGGUUACACAUUUACUGCUUUUGUUGGUUGUAUGGAAAUUUAUUGUCUUAUAAAGUUUGCUCCUCAUGUCUUUAAAA